UGGGCAUCUGGGUGUAAUUCUCUUAUCAUAUUUUAGCGCCUGUAUAGUUGCCCCAAUUUAAACGGGGCAACCAAUAUUUGCACCAUUCGGGUUCCCCAAUCUUACGGAAAAACCCCUCUCUCUCACAGAGUGUGUGUUACUGUGUGUGGAGCUGCGAAAAUGGUAGCGUCAGCUAUCUCUGCGUCUUUCAGUCUUUCUAUCGCUUCUCGGAAGAGAGCCUCGUCCGUUUCGCUAUUUUCUCAUAGAAACACCACGAGAUCAAUAGUUUCAGCUUUGCCAAGCCCCUAUGGUGAUUCCUCAACAGGUGGGUUAUCUAGCAAAACGCGUGGGUUACCAUUAAAACUUGACGAGCAGGAUUCUCGUUCUAUUCCUAGUCAAAGUUAUGGUGCUAUAGAAGCCAAAAAGGGCAACCCACCUGUCAUGCCAGCUGUGAUGACUCCAGGAGGACCUUUGGAUCUUUCCACUGUAUUGUUUAGGAACCGAAUUAUAUUCAUUGGACAACCAAUCAACUCGCAGGUGGCUCAGCGGGUUAUAUCACAGCUUGUGACUCUGGCAACAAUAGAUGAGAACGCCGAUAUCUUGGUGUACCUGAACUGCCCAGGUGGGAGCACCUACUCCGUCUUGGCUAUUUAUGAUUGCAUGUCUUGGAUAAAGCCAAAGGUUGGGACAGUAUGUUUUGGAGUUGCUGCAAGCCAAGGAGCACUUCUUCUUGCUGGUGGAGAAAAGGGCAUGCGAUAUUCAAUGCCAAAUGCACGUAUUAUGAUACAUCAACCACAAAGUGGAUGCGGGGGUCAUGUGGAGGAUGUGAGGCGCCAAGUGAAUGAAGCAGUUCAAUCUCGCCAUCGGGGAAGGGAUGAGGGUAGAACUCGCAACCACAUGUGAGCAGGAGUGAGCCCUUCCCAAACUGCAGUGCAGGCUUGUAGAAUUUGUCUUAUAUGCUAAUCAAGAGCAGAAACUUAUGAUUUAUGAGUGCUAUUGAUCAAAUUUAUUAAGUGAUAUGUGGUUUACCUUUUUGCUUGAUUUUUUGUUACAGAAAAUUGACAAAAUGUAUUCUGCAUUUACUGGCCAACCUCUUGAGAAAGUGCAGCAGUAUACUGAAAGGGAUCGUUUCUUGUCUGUUUCGGAGGCUAUGGAGUUUGGUCUCAUUGAUGGGAUACUGGAAACAGAAUACUAAAUGCAGAAUCAAAUUUGGUGCGAUAUGCUAUGCAACGUUUGUAUGGCAUGUCAAUGAUGAAUUGCAUACUCAAUGUUGUGCAUUAUGUCCUCUACCCGUGCCUACAAGUUUAAAUCCUGGACUCCUUCAAGCUUUCUGCACACAAGCUUAGCCAUUUUGGAUUCAAUCCACCUGGGGAUUGUUGUGAACUUCUUAGACUAGGUUGCAGAUGUAAUAUUACAGAUUAUUUCAUUAUACAAUAAAUAAGCAUUUUUUUUGAUUUCCAUCGGUACGAUGAUUGAGCAAUUACCGGUUAUAUGAACAG